AACUGUUUACACACCAAACAAUCCGUGCACGUAUCCGCAUUGGUUAUGUUCCACAACUGUUUCGCAUGUAACUCAGUUCAUACGGAAAAGUUGAGGUCGGAAAAAGCUUGAACGAUGGAAUUCAUCGAUUGCGCAUGCUCGAUAUAUCCAUUUAAAAUUCAAAUCACCGCUAAUUCUACUUAAUCUGUCUCUUUUGGUUAACAACGAAGGACAAUUUCCUGGUUCAAUGAAAAAAAAAGAACAUACAGUACGUAACGUAACCGUAUUUGAGACGAUUUACCGUCGGACGAAACUUUCACGAAAAACGCAUGACCCAUGUCACGCGUUGACAACUGAAAUGGCGGGAAACGUCGAGUGAUGUAUGGUCGAACGAAAACAGUUUAUUAAAGCUUGAGUUUAGAGCGUGCGUAAUCGUAAUAUCAGGAUCAGGUGGCAGGAAAGUGGGAGGCGGUAAGCACAGUAUAUCUGACCAUUCACUUCAUAGGAUAGUCACAGUGAAUACAAAACCUAUGCCCAUAACAGUCUGCCGAGUAUCAUCCCAAUGUGUUCGAAUUAACCGCGCGAAAAAAGUCUAUUAGUUUGAAAACUCCGUCUACGAAGAAACCGCGGUUUAAUUGAAUUUUAAAAAUUAUAAUUCCUCCUACCAUUCUUCUGUCUUGUUCCAAAAUGCGAAUAUCGUUUAUAUUAUUUGUGUCGUACGUGCAUUGGUGCGUCGGCGGAUUAAAAGUUACUGACGAAGGAUUGACAACAAUCAGUGAUAAUUUGAAGGACAAUUAUAACAGUUCCGAGGAAACUAAUUUGGGGCAGAAGGAAACGGUUCGAUCGAUGUCGUCGAAGUUCCAAUGGAAUGAUCUUGUAGAUGUUUGGAGUCCAUUCAAAACUGCGAAAAUUUGGCAUGACGAGACUCAAGGAUCGCCGAACGUCUCCGCGAGUUGUCAACGGGAUUUCACGAAUUAUAUGUCGGGAGUGUUGUCGGGGGAACAAUGGGCACUGAAAAUGGUCGACGCUAGCGGCAAGUACACCUGGGGAUUGUUCUCCGGUAACGUGUUCUGGUUGGGUUCCUCGGAUCAAUGUCGCGAAAUCGCCGUCGAGUUUCUCAAGGGGCAAGAGAAUGGCGGUGGCCAUCGGAAAGGAAAUGUGCCGCCGUUUCUAGUUAGCAUCACUUCCGUCAGCUUCCACCUGCGUUCUUUACACCCGGAACUGAGCGAAUCUUUCAGAAUCAUCCUUGGACUCUGCCUACCCGAUUCCUGCGACGUCCAAGACGUCCGAGAGCUUUUCCUCUUCCUCCAGGGCCCGCGCGAAGGGAAUUCAUCCUCCGAAGUGGUCAUCGAAGCUGUUAGGAAUCUGUCGAAGGGAUACUCUCUAUGGGAGGACCCGAUCUUCUACAUCCUAGUGUUUGUUUUUGCCGUGGCCAUUGUAUUCGCCUGUCUGGGCACUUUCUACGACGUUUCCCUGAGAUAUCGGGUAUUACGUUCGCGGCGAAAUGUUCGGGAUAUCGCGAACACGGCAGCGGAAAUGAAAAUCAUGCACACCGACCAAAACAGCGACGAUGAGAUCACGAUCGCGAAGCUGUGGUCGGUGAAGGAGCACAAUGGUGCUAUAGACGUGAGGAACACGAGAAGCGCUCCGAAACCGCUGUCGGAGGCGCUGUUAUCUUUCAGUCUUCUCUUGAAUCUAUCGAAACUCUGCGGCCUGGAUGUUGGCGACGACACGCUGGCUCCUAUUCACGGACUGCGGCUGAUUUCUAUGCUGUGGAUCAUCUUGGUCCACACUUGCCUGACUGUAAACGUGGUCUCCGAAGCUAGAUCAUUUAGGUCUAACGCGGAGAAGGACUUCUUCUAUCAAACGAUUAGCAACGGUACCUACGCCGUGGACACCUUCUUCUUCAUGAGUGGCUGCCUGGUCUCGUUCCUUUACUUCCGCACGAUCACGAAGAAAUCCAUACAGAAGAUGAAAGUCCUGAGGAAUAGCUGCGGCAAGUUCCUAGAGUUUCUGGGAAUGGUCUCGUACCGGUACUUUCGCCUAACACCGCCCUACCUUCUCGUGAUCGGUUUGAUCCAGGUGUCGUCUUCCUGGUACUACCACCACACGAUGCUCGAUCUGUACACGCUCGAUUACCAGAACUGCAAACGAUACUGGUGGAGGAACGCUCUCUACGUGAACACGUACUUCGCCAUGGAUGAACGGUGCAUGGUGUGGAGCUGGUACCUAGCGAACGACACAUUAUUCUACAUCGUCGGAGCGAUCAUUCUUAUAAUCGGCGUGAGGCUACUUUCGGUGGCCGCGUUCGCGGCGACCAUGAUUCUGAUCGUGUCCUGGAUCGUCACGGCGACCAUCGCGCUCCACACGCAGCACGUGCCAAGCAUCCUGGAUCCGUUCGCUCACUACGAGAGCCUGUACGAUAAGCCGUGGUCGAGGAUCGGACCGUAUCUUUUGGGGAUGAUGGCCGGCUGGUACCUUUACAAGUCGAAUUGCAGUCUCAAGUUGCCUAAGACGGUCUCAUUCAUUUGCUGGAUCGUUUCCUUCUUUGUCAUGCUGAGUAUAGUGUACGGCCUCUACGGAAGUACCCACGGUCCAUUCAUGUUCGCGGCUUACACCGCGUUGUCGCAUUCAGGAUGGGCGGUCGCAGUCGGCUGGGUCCUCGUAGCAUGCGUUGCCGGUCAUGGUGGCAUCGUGAACAACAUACUAUCCUGGAAGUAUCUAUACCCAUUAUCCAGGCUGAGUUACUGCGUGUAUCUGGUUCAUCCCGUGAUCAUACGAGCGGUAGUUUUGAAAGGAGAAAGUUCGAUGCACUUGACGCUUGGAUUGAUGGGAAUACUGUUCCUCGGGUUCACGAUAGCUUCCUACAUCGUAGCGUUGGUCAUCAGCAUACUCUUCGAGGCCCCCGUGGUGUCCCUCCUGAGGAUAGUCCAUCCUCUGCGAGCCUGGAAGAAGUAGAAGAACACCGGUCAAGGGAUCUGCGCUUUUCUUUUUCUACGCGUAACAAGACACAUCGAACGCGACACGUUCUCUUCGACAAUAAUCGAGCGCAAAAUGGGGUGACCGCGAUACUUCCAACAACAUUACGUAAAGACAGGAGGAAAAAAGCAGUUAGAUUUAUUCGUCCAGGUUUUCUCGAGGAUUUUCUGAGCAGACGCCUGCUGUUUUCGAAACGUGUAUAACUCUCGCGGGAGAGAGAAAGAAAAAACGCGGAACGCGUCGGACAUGUUUAAGGGGUUCGAUAAACAAUUUUCUAGAAUACCUGGCAUUUUUUAGCCGACGAACAUAAAGAAUAUAACGUCAGCUCCAAGGAAAACUUGUCGGUCGGCCGAGAUAGUUUUAUGCAUGAAAGGUUUAAUUGAAAUGCGCGUAUUGCUAUGCGUUAAAACCGGCGCAUAGUAUCGGAAGCGAAAGAGGAAACCGCGCACUUGAGACCUAAUGACCCUAUCGAAUUCUUUUUCGCAUCCGUCUUUUAUUCGUCUCUGGCGGUCUUUGCAGCGUUAUCUUCUUGGAACGGUUUAUAAAUGCCGGCCCACGCGGACAGCUGCGGACAGCAAGCCUGCUCAAAGGUGGAAGCAUUUAUGACGAAAGAUCCGAUGGUCGAUGAGCAAAGGCAGACCUUGAACCUAUGUCUCGACGAAUUUCGAUCUGUUUUUGGAAACGAGGAGAUACUUCUGAAUCGCCUCGAACGCGAACCUUGUACCCCUGUUUCCAAGAACGAGACGUGACGAAACGCGAUUCGCCACCCCGACGAGUUUCACCUGCCGGAGCGACGCAACGCGGCGCGACGCCGAUAGGUUGCCGUCGCAGAAUAAAUACAUGACUCUAACGAAAGAGAAAUUUUGAAUUGGAAUAUUUAUAAAGCCGAUCGUCUCGUAUCGAAAGUUUCGGAACCGAUCGGACCGGCACGCUUCCACGCGAGCAAGCGAAGAUACGAUUGCCGACGCAAAACCGGACGGGCCGUUAACGAUCUUCUUUUUAUCGGCAAGAUCGUGUUCUAUGAAUAUGUAAGAAUCGCGGAAGUGGUUUGUACAAACAGAGGAAGGCUGAAGCGAUUAAGGAAAACUCUAGAGACACACAAGUAAAUACUAAUAAAAUCUACUAUCGCCCGUGUAUACGGCGGCCAUCGCGAUGGCAAAUGAUGUUAAACUCUGUAACGAGCGGCACGCAUGACCAUUAACAAACGGUUUGUGCGUCGUGUAACGAUCUAGAAGACAAGGAUCGCGCCUCCCACACGUAAGCUCGAGUUUUCAAGCGGGUCGCGUUCCCGCAUCCCGCAGCGCACAUAUCACACGCGUAAUGAAUACGACCACCUCGUCAGGGUUCAUGCUAAUCACUUUCUCGACGAGCCGGCUCGACGAAACUACCGAUAUUCAUUUCUGUCCUGACCGCGACCUUUUAAAAAAAUUUACGGCAGUCGGUGGAACCGUCGACGACGCGGAUCGUUCGGCGAAUUAAUUUUUCUAAAUGGACACGACCACGCCUUGAUAGUUAAUUAACAUUAGAUCUACCGACCCUCGAACGCGGCUAAUGUACACUGUUUUAUAACAAUGACAAGAUACGAUUUAUUAAAAAAUUUCGUACGUUAUAAAAUUUUCUCAAAGAAACAUUUCUAUAAUAUCUGGAACUGUAACAGCAUAAAUCCGAAAUCAGUCGUUCCAACUGGCGCGGUAGUUCUAGUGCUAAGUUAACGCGUUGACCAGCAAAUUUUCUCGCAAUAACAAUACUAUAUAGAGUGCACCGUGUUCUCCAUGAAAGGAGUCAACGAUUUCAGACCGAACUAUCACGCAAUGUAUUUUUAACUGGAAAUAAUAACGCGUAUAACUAUCUAUACGGAAAUAAUAAC